UAAACAGGAAGAAGGAUCGAAACUUUUCGUACGACAUGUUCGUACAUAUAUUAAGAGCGCAGAAUCGCCGUCCGCAGUUUAAUUGUAAUCUUGAUUCUUCGAAGAUACGAUCAUGCGUUCGAAAACAUUCGUCUUGUUCUUUAUCGGAAUUGCCUCAGUUUCGAAUUUGGAAGGUUGCUACGGCCUGAGCUACGAUAGGCCUGAAAUAGUGACGUACGGCGAACCGUGUGCCCCUGGGCGUCAACUGCCGAUCACGGUCGAGGGACCGAAGCCACCCGUAGAAACUCAGAAGAUACCGUUAUCGUUAAAUUUUAAAGUUGCUACGGAUAUGUCCGCAAAGCCUCGUCGCCUCGAAUAUCCGAUCGCGAUAGACGUACCGGUUCCUAAGCUAUCGCCAAUGGAACGAACCAUCGUGGAGGAAGACGCUUUACGAGGAAAGAGCUACGCGUACGAUACUUACGUUCCUCCUGCGAAUCAUGCGAUACCUCUGCCGAGAAACUAUAAUUUCGCCGUUAAUCUUCCAGUCUCCAUUGAAAAAGUCGUGCCUGAAAAACCCACAGAAAGAUUCGUUAAACGGCUGACAGGAUUGGCAACACGAGUCGACAGAGUGCUCGUUCCUGCUUGCGAACUUUCAUCGUCGUCUCGAUGUUAAACUACUUGUAUACAUUCUAAAAAACUAUUGUAUUAUAUUAUAUUAUAUUAUAUUAUAUUAUAUUAUAUUAUAUUGUAUUGUACUCUCGAAGGUUUUUCUACCGCUUCGAGCAAAGUUGAAGUAGCGACCGCGAUAUCCUUCGGCCAAGAUAAA